AUGCCGAGCAUAGUUCGAUUUGGUCGGCCGAAAAAGUCACCCAAGCCAGAUUCCGAAGAUGCUAACGUCGAAACGCAUUCGUUACGUGCACCAGAUUCUAUUCGAGCUCCACGCGUCAGCCUGCUCCAUGUCGAUACAGGGCUGAACAUGCAACAGUAUAAUGGAUUGUUUGAAGCGGACUCCCCUGAGCGACAGAAGGGCUCAGCGGCCGCAGAGUCAUCGUUGGAGUCGAUGAGCCCGCCCACGAAUCAUAUGAAUGGGAUAUCCAAUCCUCCAAACAGCGACGCCGCGACGACAGAGUGGUCUUCAGCCGUCGGCCACGCCGCUACGGGCAAGUCGGGGCGCGUCAUACACAAUCUACAGGAGGAUAUUGCGCGCUUGACUCGCGAGUGUAGUCUCUACCGGUCACGAGCAGAGGAGACGCAGCGGAUCAACGAAGCUUUCAAGACCCAAGUACAGAACUUAACCGACCGACUUCAGAAUUUCGAACACUCGCACGAAAUGAACCUACAUUCACUCUCGCGGAAGGAGAAAAAGAUCGAAGAGCUACGCGCUGAGAUCCAGGCCGAGCGGGAGAGACGGCAGCGAGCCGAGAGUGAAAAGGAGAGAUUUCACCAAUUAAUGGAUGAGGCCCAAGACGAUUUCCAUCAGAAGUCUGCGGAAUUGACCGAGAUCGCCAACCACUCUCGCACACAAUACGAUGUCUUAGCGAAGGCCGGGCAACGGGAGCGAGCCGACCAACAACGAAGGCUGAAGGGUAUACGAGAAGAAUUCAUCGCGUUACGAGAAAAACAUGAACAAACCAACUCGCAAAUAAACCGACUGGACUCAAUAAUGGCGCAAAAAGAUCAAGAACUCGAACUCGCUCUUACCAACUUUGAGAAACUCUCCAAGGAGUAUGAGACUUACAAGCGAACCCAUGACGAAGAAGUCCGAUCUCUGAUUGAAGCAAAUCAGCAAGGGGAGGCUAGAUUCAGUGCUGCCCUUGCAUCCCUGAAGGAGACCGAGGGCAGAAUGAAGUGGGUGAUGCAAGUCAAACGCGAGGUUGACGGUGCCGAAUGA